GGGGGGACGCGCGCAGUGGGGCCAAGAUGGCAGCCGCCGAAGGGCCCACGGGUGAUGGGGAGCCGUGGCAGUCCUGGCUUCCCAACCACGUCGUGUUCCUGCGGCUCCGCGAGGGGCUGAAGACCCACGGCCCGGCCGAGGCUGAGAAGCCGGCGUCUUCGCCGUCGCCCUCGUCGCCGCCGCCGCUGACGAGGAACCUUGUCUUGGGCCUGGGCGGCGAUCUCUUCCUGUGGGACGGCGACGGCAGCGCUUUCCUGGUGGUCCGCCUGCGAGGCCUGGGCGGCGCGGGCGACGAGCCCUCCUUGUCCCAGUACCAGAGAUUGCUCUGCAUAAAUCCGCCCCUGUUUGAAAUCUAUCAAGUCCUGUUAAGUCCGACACAGCAUCAUGUAGCACUUAUAGGAAUAAAAGGCCUCAUGGUGUUAGAACUACCUAAAAGAUGGGGGAAGAAUUCAGAAUUUGAAGGUGGAAAAUUAGCAGUGAACUGUAGUACCACUCCCAUCGCUGAGAGAUUUUUCACCAGUUCUACUUCUCUGACUCUGAAGCAUGCGGCCUGGUACCCAAGUGAGCUGCUGGAUCCCCACGUUGUGCUCUUAACAUCAGACAAUGUAAUAAGGAUUUACUCUCUGCGUGAGCCUCAGACACCCACCAGGGUCAUCGUGCUUUCAGAAGCGGAAGAGGAAAGCCUGAUACUCAAUAAAGGAAGGGCGUAUACUGCAUCGCUGGGGGAGACAGCAGUUGCGUUUGACUUUGGGCCACUGUCAGCAGUCUCGAAGAGCAUGUUUGGGCAGAAAGGCAAAGGGGAUGUCGUGGCGCACCCAUUGUACAUCUUGUAUGAGAACGGGGAGACCUUCCUCACGUACCUUAGUCUGGCACACAGCCCAGGGACAGUCGGAAAGCUGCUGGGCCCGUUGCCUAUGCACCCUGCAGCUGAGGACAACUAUGGCUAUGACGCGUGCGCCAUCCUCUGCCUGCCUUGCGUCCCCAACAUCUUGGUGAUCGCCACUGAGUCGGGAAUGCUGUAUCACUGCGUCGUGCUGGAGGGGGAGGAAGAGGACGACCAAGUGUCAGAGAAGUCCUGGGACUCCAGGGCUGACAUCAUCCCUUCCCUGUACGUGUUCGAGUGCGUGGAGCUGGAGCUCGCCCUGACUCUGGCGGCCGGAGACGACGAGCCCUGUGACUCUGACUUCUCUUGUCCAAUCAAACUUCACAGAGAUCCCAAGUGUCCCUCAAGAUACCACUGUACUCAUGAAGCUGGUGUACACAGUGUCGGGCUUACUUGGAUUCAUAAACUUCACAAGUUCCUUGGGUCAGAACGCAGCGCUGAGGACUGGCAUGGGGAUCUCAUAGACUUCAGUCAAAAGGAGAAAAAGUGGACAAAACCACAGGUCCUAGACGAGGAAGAUAAGGACAGUCUGCAGGAGCUCGCUGCCGAGCAGAAGUGCUUCGUGGAGCACAUCCUCUGUACCAAGCCGCUGCCCUGCAGGCAGCCGGCGCCCAUCCGCGGCUUCUGGAUUGUGCCUGACAUCCUGGGGCCCACGAUGGUGUGCAUCACCAGCACCUACGAGUGCCUCAUCAGGCCCUUACUAAGCACAGUCCACCCGGUGUCCCCGCCCCUGCUCUGUACCCGGGAAGACGCGGCAGCGGCGGAGUCUCCCCUCCGCAUUCUAGCCGAAACCGCAGAUUCCUUCGAAAAGCACAUCAGGAGCAUUUUACAACGCAGCGUCGCGAACCCAGCCUUCCUGAAAUCCGCGGACAGAGACAUGGCCCCGCCCCCCGAGGAGUGCCUGCAACUCAUCAGCAGAGCCACGCAGGUGUUCCGGGAGCAGUAUAUCCUCAAGCAGGACCUGGCCAAGGAGGAGAUCCAGCGCAGGGUCAAGUUACUCUGUGACCAGAAGAAGAAACAACUGGAAGACCUCAGUUACUGCCGAGAGGAGAGGAAAAGUCUCCGGGAAAUGGCGGAGCGCUUGGCUGACAAAUACGAGGAAGCCAAGGAAAAACAGGAGGAUCUCAUGAACAGGAUGAAGGCCGUGCUGCACCGCUUCCACACGCAGCUCCCGGUUCUUUCUGACAGUGAGCGGGACAUGAAGAAGGAGCUGCAGCUGAUCCCCGAGCAGCUGCGCCACCUGGGUAAUGCCAUCAAGCAGGUCACCAUGAAGAAGGAUUACCAGCAGCGCAAGAUGCAGAAGGUGCUGAGCCCUCAGAAACCCGCCAUCACCCUGAGCGCCUACCAGCGCAAGUGCAUCCAGUCCGUCCUGAAGGAGGAGGGCGAGCACAUAAGAGAGAUGGUGAAGCAGAUUAAUGACAUCCGAAACCACAUCAACUUCUGAUCUGCGGGGAGCUGGUGCCCGUGGAGUGGACGCAGGGAGGGGCCGACGGGCGCCAUCGAUGAACUUGGCCCUGGUGAUCUCUCCUACUUGUCUUACAAGGAUUGAAUAAAUGUUUUUACUCAUAA